GUGACUAUAGAACUCUGAACUAGGCAGAAGUAAAGGAUGACGGAAAGCAAUAGCCCACAGAGACCCAAAUGACAUUUCAGAGAAUGAGCUCUUCAAGAAGCAAGAGCCAUACAGCACACCUGUGAGUUCCAGGACCGGUCAACCAGAUGAAAACAGCCCAGUGGAGCCUACAUCGUAACUUGUUUCUUGCUGCUGUGAACCAUCUCAUUUCCCGAUCCUUGCACAGAAACCUGAGACCAUGAGGAGCAGCCUUACUCUGGUAGGCACCUUCUGGGCCUUCCUGUCCCUAGUUACUGCUGUGGCCAGUUCUACCAGUUACUUCCUCCCUUACUGGCUGUUUGGAUCACAGCUUGGAAAGCCAGUAUCAUUCAGCACAUUCAGGAGAUGCAACUACCCUGUGCGGGGAGACGGGCACAAUCUGAUCAUGGUGGAAGAAUGUGGACGCUAUGCCAGCUUCGCAGCCAUACCAAGCCUGGCAUGGCAGAUGUGCACGGUGGUGACAGGUGCUGGCUGUGCUCUGUUGCUCCUUGUGGCAUUGGCUGCUGUCCUAGGAUGCUGCAUGGAAGAACUCAUCUCUAGAAUGAUGGGGCGUUGCAUGGGAGCUGCACAGUUUGUAGGAGGGCUGCUGAUAAGCUCAGGCUGCGCAUUAUAUCCUUUAGGAUGGAACAGCCCGGAGGUAAUGCAGACGUGUGGGAAUGUCUCCAAUCAAUUUCAGUUAGGAACCUGUAGACUUGGCUGGGCCUAUUACUGUGCUGGUGGCGGAGCUGCUGCAGCCAUGUUGAUCUGCACCUGGCUCUCUUGCUUUGCUGGAAGAAAUCCCAAGCCAGUUAUGUUGGUGGAGAACAUCAUGAGGAAUACCAAUUCUUAUGCCAUGGAGCUGGAUCACUGCCUCAAACCUUAACCUUUGAAUGAUUUACUAAAGAGGGGAAAAAAAGACCUGUAAGAAGGUACUAAGCCCAGGCAGCCACCUCCUAGUAGUAAACCCCACUGCUCACAGGCAUCUUGCCC